CGCGCAGUCGAGGUUGGACUCUUGGAAAGAUCUUCCUUUCCUUCGUCCAUCAUUCUUCCUCGCGAGUAAGACUCUCACCAAUAUUUUCUCUCCCGAAUAUUGAUCUUAUUCUACGAUUUCUGCGGCAACAGCAUCCUGGCUGUGGCGCUCAAUUAACAUCGCCGCUAAUUUUGCUAUCCAAGCCAAGAAUAUGUCUACAGACCCCUACGAUGCGGUCCAACAAGAGAUCCAGACGUCGCUGCAGGCCGCGACGCAGCUUCGGGCAUCCUAUAUCCGAAUACGAAACAUGAAGAGAGAAGGCGGGGACGAGGGGGAAGAACUCGUGUGGGCGAGGAAUGAGUUCAAGGCAACUCUUGCAGCACUAGAAGCCGACCUCGAAGAUCUAGAAGAGAGUGUCAAAAUUGUCGAAUCCACCGACCCACGGAUGUUCGCCCUCACACAUGACGAAGUGACUGAGCGAAGGCGAUAUGUUGAACACGUUAGGAAAGAGAUACAAAGUAUGCGUGCGGACGUCUCCGGCGGACGACCAGCUUCUGUAGUCACACCCCAGCAGCGCGAAGACGAGGUUGAGGAUGACCAGAGCGCUUGGGCAAGAGAGGAACAACAGAUGAUGAUUAGAGAACAAGACCGGACGAUUGACUCAAUAGCGGGUACGCUGACCAACCUGGCGCAUCAGGCUGGACUUAUGGGUCAGGAAAUUGUGGAGCACACCGAACUGCUCACUGACCUGGAGUCGGGUGUCGACCGGACAGACAGCAAGUUAGGGAACGCCAUGAGCCGUAUGAGACGGUUCAUACGGCAGUCAGAAGAACGAGGCAGUGGAUGGUGCAUCCUCGUGCUGAUACUGGUUCUGUGUAUCUUGCUGGUGGUGGUUAUCUUGAUAUAAUUGCAUAUAUGUUUAUUUUGGUUAAUUCUUUUACUUUUAUAUACCUCACGCAUACUAGUUAUAUGGCAUUUGUAUAAUUGAUUUAUAACACGGACCUUGGGA